AUGGAGGCCCUCUUUUUCUUGGGGUGCAGAGCCCAGUCUCGGAUUAUAGUUUGCAAGAAGAGCUCCUUUCUCGGCACCCAGAGGCUCUCUGGACUGUCCCUGGCUAGCAGGUUUGGGUCUCCCUGCAGCCAAACUAGCCAGCAAGUUAGGGCUGCGGCUGGUUCUACCUGGUCUGCCUCCCUUCCCAGAGUUCGCAGUGGCUCCGGUUUGAAAAGCCUCUCCCAGAGGUUUGCCCAACGACGCUGGGCCUCUGACUUCAACGUACCCCCCAGCGCUGAGUUUGUGGCUAGGCCUGUGGGGGUGUGUUCUCUCUUCAAGCUGCCCAUCCAGACCUCAGCGGAGGGUCUCGACGCUGCUUUUGUGGGGGUCCCCCUUGACACCGGCACUUCCAAUCGUCCCGGGGCCAGGUUUGGCCCUCGCCACAUCCGAGCUGAAUCUGCCAUGGUGAGGAGAUUUAACCCGAGCACCGGAGCAGAUCCGUAUCAUUCUCUUGUGGUUGCUGAUAUCGGGGACGUGAACGUCAACCUGUACGACUUGAAGGACAGCUGCAGGCAAAUCCGAGAAGCCUUCCAGGCGAUCCUGGCGAGUGGUUGCAUCCCCCUCACGAUGGGUGGAGACCACACAAUAACGUACCCCAUCCUGCAGGCCGUUGCGGAAAAGCAUGGCCCCGUGGGGCUGGUGCAUGUGGACGCCCACACGGACACGGGAGACCAGGCGUUAGGGGAAAAGAUCUACCAUGGGACGCCAUUCCGGCGCUGCGUGGACGAAGGACUCCUGGACUGCAAACGGGUCGCUCAGAUCGGGAUCCGAGGCUCCUCCUACGAGCGAGAUCCUUAUCAGUAUUGCUGGGACCAGGGCUUCCGAGUGGUCUUAGCAGAAGACUGCUGGAUGAAGUCACUGGUCCCUCUGAUGGCCGAAGUGAGGAAGCAAAUGGGAGACAGGCCUGUCUACAUCAGCUUUGAUAUCGACGGAAUAGACCCUGCCUACGCUCCAGGCACCGGGACUCCAGAAAUCGCCGGUCUUACUCCUGCCCAGGCGCUGGAGAUCAUUCGGGGCUGCCAAGGGCUUAAUCUUGUCGGUUGCGACCUCGUUGAAGUGGCUCCCAUGUACGAUCUUUCUGGUAACACAGCUCUCUUAGGAGCCAAUCUGCUCUUCGAAAUGCUGUGCGCCCUCCCUGGAGUGAAGACGACAUGAGCCGUUCCAAGGAAGCUUC